UUCAGAUUCCAUUCUUGGAAUGGACGCCACGUCCGACGUGAUAUCCCAAUAUGUGAAGGUGGUGGAGAGCGACGGCUCCGAUUCGUGUCCAGUAUGCUUGGGUGCUCCUAAACCAUUGACGGUUGAACUAACGCGUUGCAGGCACAGACUGCACUUUACAUGCUUGAAUGCAAUGCUCAGCUGCCAGCAGCCGCCGAUGUACAUGCCCAGUUUGUCGUAUGAUCUACGGCGAGAAGAGGGGCAAUCAACCGCCGGGCAUGAUGAACUGGACGCGGAUACCGCCCAUUACCGGGCUUCCCGAACACCAAUAUCAUACAAAUCACUUAUGAGUAAAUAUUUGAAAGAGAAAAACUUGCACAAAAAUUUAAAUAAAUCAGAAAGACUAUAAAAUUCUUUUACGUUUUUUAAUUGUAAUUUCUAUAGGUUUCUAAUUAUAA